AUGAUGAUGAAGAGGAAGAAGUUCAAGUUCAAGGUGGACUUCGAGCUGGACGAGCUCUCCUCCGUGCCCUUCGUCAACGGCGUCCUCUUCUGCAAGAUGCGGCUGCUGGACGGCGGCAGCUUCAGCGCCGAGUCCCCCAGGGAGGUGGUGCAAGCGAACUGUGUUCACUGGAGGAAGAAGUUCUCCUUUAUGUGCAAAAUGAGCGCCAGCGCGGCCACGGGCAUCCUGGAUCCCUGCAUCUACAGGGUGUCUGUGCGCAAGGAAUUAAAAGGUGGAAAAGCUUAUGCAAAGCUGGGCUUUGCAGAUCUAAACCUGGCAGAGUUUGCUGGCUCGGGAAAUACCACUCGCCGCUGUUUACUGGAAGGCUACAACACCAAAAACACAAGACAGGAUAACUCCAUCCUCAAAGUUUUCAUCAGUAUGCAGCUGAUGUCCGGUGACCCAUGUUUUAAAACGCCCCCUUCUACGUCCAUGUCAAUACCGAUCGCCGGGGAAUCCGAAUCUCUGGAAGAAGACAGAAAAGGAGGGGAAACUCUCAAAAUCCACCUUGGAAUAGCAGAUCUCUCAGCAAAGAGCGCCUCCGUUCCGGACGAGCUAGGAGCCUGUGGACAUUCGAGAACGUCGAGCCACGCGAGCCAGCAGUCGAAAGUAUCAGGGUACAGCUCGUGCCACUCCCGGUCAUCCAGUCUCUCUGAGCUCUGCCACCGGAGAAACACCUCUGUGGGAAGCACAUCGACGGGCGUGGAAAGCAUUCUGGAGCCAAGCGAUGAAACUGAGCAGAAAGGAGCCGAGCCAAACCCCGAUGCAGCUGACAGAGAAGACUCGGCCUCAGACACCCUCACCAGGUGCCCGGUGAAACAAGAUUCUGUAGAAUUUCAGCUGAAGCGAGUCGAUGACACCAGAGUGGACGCCGACGACAUUGUGGAGAAGAUACUGCAGAGCCAGGACUUCAGCCUGGACUCCAGUGCGGAAGAGGAAGGACUGCGGCUGUUCGUGGGCCCCGGAGGGAGGACGACCUUCGGCAGCCACCAUCCUCCCAGCCGAGUGGUGUCCGGAGCCUAUGAGCAAGUUGUGAUCAAACGCUAG